GCAUUUGUCAUGUCACUUGUCAAACGAUCAUUUCUCUACGGGUAGUUUGCCAUCGAGUGUGUGGUUUUGGCACGGAAAUUUCUUAAUUUUUACCCUUUUAAUUUGGAAACAGUUAUGUGGAAGUGAUAUUUUUGUGCGCCGGAAACACUUAUCGACGAUACCCGUCCGCCUAACAGCCCAGAGCAGCGCAAACCUGAUCGAAAAUGAUGAAAAUGGAAACAGACAAAAUUGAAGACGUUACAAGCAACAAUGCCCAGUAUCCAAUGACUAUUCUGCCCCCGUACGAGACGACGCGCAAGAAAGAGGCCUCCUCCGCUAAUUUCAGCGCCGAGCGCGAGUCUUGCCUGAAGUGCUUCGAGAAAUGGACCCAGAGCGACCAGGUGGAGUUCGUGGAGGGCCUGCUGACCCGCAUGUGUCACUAUCAGCACAGCCACAUCAAUUCCUACUUGAAACCCAUGCUGCAAAGGGAUUUCAUCACUCUACUGCCAAAAAAAGGAUUAGAUCACGUUGCAGAGAACAUUCUAUCCUACCUAGACGCGGAUAGCUUGAGGAACUCAGAAAUAGUGUGCAAAGAAUGGUUCAGAGUCAUUUCUGAGGGCAUGCUAUGGAAAAAAUUGAUCGAGAGGAAGGUCAGAACCAACACUCUAUGGCGCGGUUUGGCUGAACGCAGAGGCUGGAUUCAGUACCUGUUCAAGCCGCAGCCUGGGGAGAACCAUAGACCUCACAGCUUCUACAGAUCUCUCUAUCCCAGGAUCAUCCGGGACAUAGACACCAUCGAGACGAAUUGGAGGAGCGGCAAACACAUCUUGCAGCGAAUCAAUUGCCGUUCGGAGAACAGCAAGGGCGUCUACUGCUUGCAGUACGACGAUCAGAAGAUCGUGUCCGGCUUGAGAGACAACACCAUAAAGAUAUGGGACAGAAGUACUUUGCAGUGCACUAAGGUACUUAUCGGUCAUACGGGUUCAGUACUGUGCCUUCAAUAUGACGAUAAAGUUAUCAUCAGCGGCAGUAGCGAUAGUACCGUUCGCGUUUGGAACGUCAACACUGGGGAAAUGGUGAAUACGCUGAUCCAUCAUUGCGAGGCCGUUUUGCAUCUUAGGUUCAACAAUGGAAUGAUGGUUACAUGUUCGAAGGACCGUUCAAUAGCCGUUUGGGACAUGACAUCUCAGAGCGAGAUAGCACUCAGAAGAGUGCUUGUAGGCCACAGAGCUGCAGUGAAUGUGGUCGAUUUCGACGAAAAGUAUAUAGUUUCGGCCAGCGGUGAUCGCACCAUUAAGGUAUGGUGCACGUCCUCUUCUGAUUAUGUACGUACUUUAACCGGUCACAAGAGAGGAAUCGCCUGCUUGCAGUAUAGAGAUAGGUUGGUUGUGAGCGGCAGUUCGGACAAUACUAUAAGGUUGUGGGACAUCGAGUGUGGAGCUUGUCUACGCGUACUGGAAGGUCACGAAGAACUAGUAAGAUGCAUCAGAUUUGACAACAAAAGAAUAGUCAGCGGAGCAUACGAUGGUAAAAUCAAGGUCUGGGAUCUUCUAGCUGCUCUGGACCCUAGAGCAUCGACUAAUUCGUUGUGUCUGCGCACUUUGGUGGAGCAUACAGGUCGCGUGUUCAGACUACAGUUUGACGAAUUUCAAAUAGUGAGUAGUUCUCACGACGACACAAUACUUAUUUGGAACUUCUUAACUUCGAUACCAGAGGGACCUGUGAACAACAGCACAGCGACCACACUAAACACUGGCGUGUCGCCCGAGACUCCUGUUUGGAGCGAAUAACAGUAGAACUGAGACCGAUCCACGUACGAACGGUUCAUUAUUUCAGUUUAAUAAAACAAAUUUGAAGGAUAUACAGUGAUGGAAAUAAGUCGCCUGUACGAUCUACAGCGACGGAUUACAGUGACACUGACUGACUUUCCAAAAAAAAAUACGUAUUUUUUCGUUCUUUUCUUUCUUCGAAGCUUAAAAAACAACAAACAACGUUGUAUAGAUCUCUUAAAACAUAUUUUUUAUUCUUGUUGAUGAUGUGUGUAAAAAAAACAAAAAAAAAACGAAGUGGUGGUAGUAGUUCAAAAGACUCGUGACUUCGCGAUGAGGAACUUUAUUAAGAUUUAUUAUAUAAAUAAUUAUGUGGAUGAAUGAUAAUUUUAAGGUUAUAUUUCUAUAUAUUUUCGAUGUGUGCUAGUGAUGAUUCCAUGACAUGUGAAAAAGAUUCGUUAUUUAUUCUCUUCAAAAACUUUGAAUUUUCUGGACAAAAAAAGCAUAAGAAAAAAAGAUCUGAGACUGCUUGACUAUAGAAAAAAUUACGAGGAAAUAUUUCUGUACGUUUUCCAAACGAUAAGGUUUCUUAGGUUUUCUUUUUUAUUUUUUCUUGUCCACGGAUUCAUUAUUUUUUAUAUUAGACUCGUUCAAGUUAGUAGGUGUGUGGUUGUAUAGAUGUCGCCGAUGACAUUUCAAAGGUAGGUUUAAAAAGCACUGUUUUUAGGUUAAUUUAAUAUAAUUACUUGCCUCACAAGUCACGACACUGAAUUUUGGAUGUUACGUCUUACAUGACAGUUCAUUGAAAAAUCACUUUAGGCUGAAACCUUGGGUGUUAGAGAAUAUUAUCACCGAUUGUCAUUUUAGAGGCAACCGCGACGCCUUUUUUCUCUCGAUCUUAUGGUAUACUUGUCCUAAAUUUCUUUGUUGUGACAUUUAAAGGCAUUUAUGGCACUUAUUUACCUUAUUAUUUUUAAAACUAAAUAAAAAAUGUGGUUACAGUGUGUGCAAAAAGUGAUUCGACUUUUUGGACAGCCUGUAUAUUAAUAUUCAGCUUCAUUAGCUUACGGAACAGUAUUUUAAUGAAGGCAAAAUGCUUGCCGAACUGAAAGAAAAAUAUACUAGUUAAAAUAAUACAAAAAUAAAGGAGAUUUUGCCAAAAAAAAUAUAAAUAAAUAAUAAUUAAAUAUAAUAACGAGGGUAGUUUGUGAAGAAACUAGUAAAAGUGCUUUUGUGAUAAACAUAAUAAAAAUCUCUUAUUAAGUAGAAAGAAUGGGUGUAAUUAAUUCUAUAUAUGUUAUACAGGUUGUCCUAGAAUUUUUUUUGAUCUAUACGAAAAAAAAACGAUUUUUUAACAAAUUUUGGAAAAUUAGACCACAUUACUCUUGAGUAAAACUUUUUUUAGUGUGUAUCCAAAAUUCUAGGACAUCCUGUAUGCACGAAGCAAGACGGAUUAAUGAAAAUAUUUUUUUUUGUAUUUAUGCGUAAUUUUUCGAACAAAGUAAUUUUAUCAAUAAAUUGCGGUAAAUUUCAGUUUAUUUCUAAGUUUUAUUGCUGCUUGAAACGUAGAGUUGACCCUGUUGGUCUUUUUCUGUCAAUUUGACGUAUUUUUUGAAGCCUCAUGAUCUAGAAAAAUACGUUAUUCCUUGCAAAUUUCCUAAAUUUGAAGAAUAGUUCGAUUAUGUCACUCUUUGAAGAAAAAGCAGCAACGUAAGAUUCCGACUUGCAAGAAAAUAUAGCUUUAUGCGUGACUGUAUUUUUUAGACUUAUUUUUAUGUACUAAUUUGUAAAAUUCCCUAAAGUUGUAAAUAUCUUCUUGUAUUAAGUGACUAGUUGUUUAAUAUAAUUGUUUGCAUUUAUAAAAAAAAA